GUAUAACAACCAUACCACCCACCAGCGAGAGAGGGGGAGAGAGAGAGAGAUCGCCGAGGCCUAACAACCAGGAAAAAAAAAAAAAGAAAAGAAAAACUCACUCCUCUGUUCGAGGGUUUGUUACUAAUAGAAGAAGAGCAACGGUAAUGGCUUCCACCUCUGCUGUAGUCGUCCAGGGCCUAUCCACUCCCUUUCUCUCUGGCUCGAGGGCUGGCCGCACUCUUUUGAAUGCUGCCAUUGGUGGCAAAUCUGCAGUCACCGGUGCAUCCCGGAGGUUGCUUGUCGUCGCCGCCGCCGCACCUAAGAAGUCAUGGAUACCUUUCGUCAAGGGUGGUGGCAACCUCAUCGACCCUGAGUGGCUCGAUGGCUCGCUGCCGGGUGACUACGGAUUCGACCCACUGGGACUGGGGAAAGACCCGGCGUUCCUCAGGUGGUACCGGGAGGCAGAGCUGAUCCACGGGCGGUGGGCCAUGGUCGCCGUGGUGGGCAUCUUCGUCGGCCAGGCCUGGAGCGGCGUCCCCUGGUUCAAGGCCGGCGCCGACCCCGGCGCCCUCGCCCCCUUCUCCUUCGGCACCCUCCUUGGCACCCAGCUCCUCCUGAUGGGCUGGGUCGAGUCCAAGCGCUGGGUCGACUUCUUCAACCCGGAGUCCCAGUCCGUCGAGUGGGCCACCCCCUGGUCUCGCACCGCCGAGAACUUCGCCAACGCCACCGGCGACCAGGGCUACCCCGGCGGCAAGUUCUUCGACCCCUUGUGCCUCGCGGGCACCAUCAAGGAUGGCGUCUACAUCCCGGAUGUCGAGAAGCUCGAGAGGCUCAAGGUGGCAGAGAUCAAGCAUGCAAGGAUUGCCAUGGUGGCCAUGCUUAUCUUCUACUUCGAGGCUGGCCAGGGGAAGACCCCUCUUGGUGCCUUGGGCUUGUAAGCAAACAGCAUCUCCUCUCUCUCGCUCUCUCUUCUUUCUUUAUCCUCAUCUCUUUAAUCAGGCCUUGCUUGUCUCCUUCUGGUAUCCAUCCGCUCUCUGCUUGGAAACAAGGUGGUGCAACACUGUAUGUAGAGUAGUGGUGCAGUAACAAUCCCUUUCUUGUACUGUAUACUUGUAUUCGUAUUAUUUCAUGCAUUUGGUUGUGAGGCAGGAACUCUAGCUUUUUUAGUACAAAUUAUAUAUGUAGACCAAAGAAAAAUGAUUAUGAUAGUUGUUAUAGC